UUGGGGAGUGAAUCUUCUGGAAGGCGACUUUAAAGGCGCCGGGCCGGAGCGAAGGGCGAUUUGGUGCUGCGGUCGCCCGAACCUGGGUGUGUGUGUGCGGGGAGGGGGGCGGCGCAUUGGUGGCAGGAAGCGAGCUGCGCCGAGGUUGUCGCGGAACCAGCUGGUGGUGACCCUGCAGGAUGAACCACAAGAGCAAGAAGCGGAUCCGCGAGGCCAAGCGGAGUGCGCGGCCGGAGCUGAAGGACUCGCUGGACUGGACCCGGCACAACUACUACGAGAGCUUCCCGCUGAACCCCGCGGCCGUGGCGGACAAUGUGGAAAGGGCAGACGCUUUACAACUAUCGGUGGAAGAAUUUGUGGAGCGAUAUGAAAGACCGUACAAGCCCGUGGUUCUGCUGAAUGCCCAAGAGGGCUGGUCCGCGCAGGAGAAGUGGACUCUGGAGCGCCUCAAAAGGAAAUACCGGAACCAGAAGUUCAAGUGUGGGGAGGAUAACGACGGGUACUCGGUGAAGAUGAAGAUGAAAUACUACAUCGAGUACAUGGAGAGCACCCGCGAUGACAGCCCCCUUUACAUCUUUGACAGCAGCUACGGGGAGCACCCCAAAAGAAGGAAACUUUUGGAAGACUACAAGGUGCCCAAGUUUUUCACCGAUGACCUUUUCCAGUAUGCGGGGGAGAAGCGCAGGCCCCCUUACAGGUGGUUUGUGAUGGGGCCACCACGCUCUGGAACAGGAAUCCACAUCGACCCUCUGGGAACCAGUGCCUGGAAUGCCUUAGUUCAGGGCCACAAGCGCUGGUGCCUGUUCCCUACCAGCACACCUAGGGAACUCAUCAAGGUGACCCGAGAAGAAGGAGGGAACCAGCAAGAUGAAGCUAUUACCUGGUUUAACAUCAUCUAUCCCCGGACGCAGCUUCCAACCUGGCCACCUGAAUUCAAACCCCUGGAAAUCUUACAGAAACCAGGAGAGACUGUCUUUGUACCAGGAGGCUGGUGGCACGUUGUCCUCAAUCUUGACACCACCAUUGCCAUCACCCAGAACUUUGCCAGCAGUACCAACUUCCCUGUUGUCUGGCACAAGACGAUACAGCACGGGCAGCGGCAGUGCAAGCCACCCCCAGCCACCCCGUGCCACUGUGUCCCAACCCUGACCUGGAGGGACCAGCUCUCGGGGAUCUUGAAGCAGGAGCACCCAGAGUUGGCAGUCCUGGCUGACUCCGUCGACCUGCAGGAAUCCACAGGGAUCGCCUCCGACAGCUCCAGCGACUCCUCCAGCUCCUCCAGCUCCAGCUCGUCCGACUCAGACUCAGAGUGCGAGUCUGGCUCUGAAGGCGAAGGCACGAUGCACCGCAGGAAGAAGAGGCGGACGUGUGGCAUGGUGGGGAAUGGGGACACCACCUCGCAGGACGACUGCGUGAGCAAAGAGCGCAGCUCCUCCAGGUGACCGCGCGUGCCUGCCGUCUGUGUGCGAGGACGCGCCUGCAGCCUGCAGCAGGGCCCCGGGGCUGCCCGGGGAGGGCCGGCGAAAGCCAGAGAAUGAGGACCUCUGGGGCACGGGAGCCGUUCACUCAGUGUUUGCGACAGUAGCUUUCUUCUCCGCUACCGAUGCAAAUGAACGUGGCUUGUUUUAUGCAUAAGGGUGAGGAUCUGUGUGAAUGGUGCCAAGGGAAACCUUGACGUUAUUUAAUAAAAGUUAAAUUCAUCUUA